GCACGACUCAAUGCAGAAACUUUCGGCAGCUCGUUGUGUGGCUGAUACAUCAAGUUCGAGUUUUGAGUAAAGAAAAGUUAAGGGCUGCUUCCACGUUGCAUCCUGCAUGCUUGACAACUUUUCCUUUUCCAAUAGGUGGAAAGAAGUCAAGGACGUUCUGAGAAAUGCAAUAGCGCAACCACUAAAAAAGAACUUGACCCUUGAGGAGCGAACGGCUGUGAGUGAGACGUCGUUGCGAAUCUUCCUUGCCUGUUUUCCAGUAGUAAAGAAGGACAACCAGUUGGCUAGAUAUCUGGCGCCCUUUCUGUUGCGGAUCAUCUUCAUUCAGGCUGCGAAGGCAAAGACAGAAGCUGAGGCUACCAACAAGAACACAACGUCUGCGACAUCAGCAUCUCGAAAUCAAAACAAUGUUAUGGCUAACGCUCAUAUCAAAGCAUCCUCAAAACUUCAUUCUUGGCCAAAGCGAAUCCAAGAUGAAUGGCGUCGAGGAUGCAAACGUCGAGUGGCAGCUCUAACAAUGACUACAGCAUCGAUGCUGGUGGCGGUUUCAUGCGGAAUAUUUCGAGACCAGCGAAAGAAAACCGCUUGUUGAAAAAUCACACGAGUACAAACUCUUGCACCUCAGAACAUGCCAAUCUGACAGGAGGAACAGCCUCCGCCUCCAUGUCGCCUUCUAUGUCCACCACCUCCAGUUUAGAAGAACUAAGGAGACGAUUGGAGGGUCUGUUGCGUGAGGAGCAUACGGAGGCCAAUGCAGCGGUGUUUGAGGUAGUGGAUUUGCUCUGUUAAGGCUUCGCCGACGAGUCCAUUCCUCCACACGCCUAUCCUCCUUUUCAAGGGGAUCAUGGGGAACGAAAGGGGAAAUACAAAUAUAUUUAGCAGGGUUAAUAAAAUUUCCAUCUUUCUCGAGAGUCGAGAUGGAAUGGAUCAGGGUGAAGAGGUCUAAUUCUGGUCUUGGCUGAAUAACUGUGGCGCAAAUCAAAUAUCCCUAUUGGAUAGGAUGCUGGCCAUCCAUAAUUUAAGACAUGACUAAGACUUAGACUCUCUAUAGUAUAGAAAUUGAGCAGAUCGAUCUCUUUCUAGCUAAGCUGUUGCUAUAUAAUGCGUUCUAUCUUCACUGAACGGCCUCAAAUGUUGCUGCGAAAUGCUACGAACGAGGUGUCAUGACAUGACAUGACAUACUAGAAGUCUAGAGUAUACCUUAGAGUGCAACAUAACUCUAUCUUCUAAACCCAGUGAAAGGCAGGCAGCGCAUGGGUUGGAAUAUACCGGAAACACCCUUUCCGCCUCCCGGCAUCGGUGUGAGUCACUUUGCCGAAAACGAUGUUGGUCAAGUAUGGAUGAUGUUUUUUGCAUCUAGCAGCCAGACCAUCGAGGCUCCCCCUGCUUUGCCCCUCAACAUUAUAACUGUAUAUUAUAAGUUUAAGUAGCUUAGCAACAAGGGGGUGCCUCGAAGGUCUGCCUAGAUGGAAUGGGCGCCAUUCUUCAUAUCAAGGCCAUCAAGUGCCCCAUUUCUGUCCUUACACGCUGAAGACCAUCACGGCCAAAAGCAUGUGUUGCGCGUUGAACGGAAACCUGAAGGUGAUGAAAAGGCUGACACUGAUACUCCAUACGUUGUCGAAGGAGAAGUUGGUGGAAGCAGCAGAAAGAUGCGGACACCAUGCCAGAGCCCUGCUCUAUCUGGAACAAACAUAUUUCGCGGAUUUUAGCUGCAUCAACGGAGCCGUACCUUUAUUAAGGCUCAAUAUCAUUCCAAUACCAGCAAUUCAUGUAGUUCUUGCAGUAGAAGAAAAAAGAGAAGAAUUCUCUUUUUUCUUCUACUUGGAAAAUAGUUCUUACCGUACUACCGAGAGAAAAUGAGAAAUGGACCCUAGUAAAUGUGAAACGAUAUAAUUUUUAAAGAAGUGAAAGAUUGCUUGUUUGAUCUCUAACGUUACCUGCUGUCGCAGGUUCGGGACCAGCAGAGUCGAGGUCGCAACCUGGUCGGAUUUUAGUCCGCGACAGUUGGACAGCAAUGGCUCCCCCUCCGAAACCUCAUGAGCCGAGGAGAGCGCCUUACGGUGUAGUUUGAAUAGUUACUAGAAGCUAGAACAAUUUGAAAGCUGGUUCAUCCUUAGUAACGUCGUCUUCUUGUUGAAGUCGUCGAAGAUGAUGAUUAUGAUAAAAGGUGGAAGAAGAAACGUGUGCUGACGACCGACGGAUCGGCGACCCACUGUUCGGUUUCCUCCAUUUCCUCUGAUACUGAAUAUACUGCGUCCAACAUCAUGUAGACUCUAUCUAAUACUAGGAGGCUCAGCCUAUACCAGGCUAUCCGAACGCAGUGGGUCUGGGUCCUCCGAUCGAUGUACGCGAUGCAAAAGAGGCAGAAGCACACUACGACAGGAAGAUGAUGUCUCCAGCGGAAGGUGGAACGGCUAUGGCCUCUACAGUUGUAUCAAUAAGUACUAUUUAGACUUUCUUGAGUUGUCGAGAUGCAUAUUGAAUUUCAAUUUCUAUUUUUCUCAGCAUCUCGAUGCCCUUUCAUCCCUUUCCCCUGAAAUACAACAAGGCCAAAGAACAAGGCGUCGAGAUGUGGGCACCACCGAGAUCGAGGUGAGUAAAGUUUUUAAAGCCUGACUCAUCCUCUAAGAGUAGUGUCUACGUCCCAUUAGUCGGAGCGGCAACGCUGGACACAAAGACGAUCCAUUUUAAGUGGUCUCAACACACAACCUAUUGGACUCGGUGGUUUACAAAACCCCAACUAAGGGAGCAGAGUGCUUUACAGCUUCAACGCUUACAUUAAGGCUACCCCGCAUGGAGACGACCCCCAGUGCAUCAUGACAUCCUUGGCCAUUUUUCUACCUGGAAAAGCGGCCAAGGAUGCACUCAGGGACGCCAACGCUGCAGUAGUGCUAAUUCCACCGCAUUCUACAAUGUCCGGAUGCUGCCCUAGGGGCUCUCCAGUGUGCGCAGACCGCCGGACCGACGACCAAAGUGCUGAGGACUGAGCUACAGGAAAGUUAUGCUGCUCAGCUUUUUUUCCUAUUCGUCUAUCGCAGAAUUAUCUGGUUGCUCUACAACUUCCUCCAUACUAGAGUACUACUCGAGUAAACGGAAUAUAGGUAGAGGUACAAACACGUGAUGAGGGGGCGGAGAUGAAUAUAAUUUAUAGCACGACCACUCGUCCCUAAGAAAGAUGGGCUGACGCUUUAGCUUUGUAUUUACGAAGAGCGGCAACAGAGCCAGCAUCACAGCACGCUGUGUGGGAUGGUGUUGCGCGGUCGAUGUUAGCUAGUCGCCAGUACGAGAAUGCUUUGUCCGUUUGCUCGACUUUACCUGCAAUCCGAAGAGGCUUCUUGACAAACACUGGCAACACUGAGCGAAGACAGGCUCUGGAAGAUGAAUCGAGGCAAGUUGUACUAGGAGAACGUGGACUACAAGGCCAAUUAAGGGCACGCUAAAGGUGUUCUCGUUGCCGUUUGUUAUGGCUCUCCACCUAACAAGGGAGACAGGCAUAACAAACGGAAUAAACGAACACCAAAAGGAGCCUACCUCUAAGUCAACACGCAAACGCUACAACUGAGAACUCGCACCCUACCAAGACCCCAAAAGGCCCUGGUCGAGGAGGUUUCGGAGGUAAGUUAUCCGCUCGACACGCAGCUAAAUUAUGGGUACCGGCGUCAGCCCCCAUUUGUUUUUACGCCAUCUUUUAGUCAGUUCCUUCUGGGAACAAUAGGCUAAAAGUAUGAUGAAGAUGUUUCCUACAAACGAUGGGUAGUUAUCGGUACCUCUAAGUAACGAUGUACUUCUUUUGACUGAUGAAAGGGCGCCUCCGAUGAUGAACAACGACGACUCAAAACACGUACCUCCGACAGGAGCCGACCUUCAUGGGACGGCUAAAAGAACUACUCCGGGUCGUGGACGCAUGAAAAAGAACAAAUACGAUGACGACGAAGUAGUAGAUCCUCAAGGUCUACUUCUAAGAGCAGACAGCUCACGAGUGUCCUCUCUACGACAGCGCUCAGCUUUACUGCGCCACAUGGAUCCAAUUCACGCGCAAGAGUGUUCUUCGCUUGUACUUUCCCGAUAUGCAUGCGAAGCAGCUUGGAGAUUGAGUGAUUGUUAAGGCUUCUAAGUACUUUAUCAGUAUCACUUCUAAGGGUGAAAACAAAAAGGCAAACUCACUCCAUCUCAAUUACAACAACUACCUCAGAAGAUAUUAGUGAAAAGCUUAGACAGUUCCACUAGGUACUGCUAAGAUUGGGAUCAGCUACGCGACCUCGUUGAGCGCCGGGAUGCGGUAGGACGUUACCCUUGUGGACACUAUAUGUUUGACCAACCGGUGGAGGAUGUGCCGUUUAUUCCUGCUGGAGCGGAUAACUCUACAAUUAAGAGCGGAUAACCCUGCAAGCAACAUUGCAUCGGAUGUAAUGCUUGCACUGUAAGACUAACAUCUUACAACUUCUAAGAAACAGGACACAGUCGGAGGAACGACCUCUAAUACAAGCUCAGGAGGAAUGUUCGAUGAAGACGCCGAAAACGUAGGCUGUUUGGUAGACGAGAAAGCGAGAAGACCUCUGAGCAAAACAGGCGCCGCUUCUGGAGGAGGUGCUGCUGCUGGAGCUAGUAGCUCGUCGACAGCUCCCCAUGCCGGAAAACUACAAGAUGAAGAGGACAACGCAUUGACGCCGUUGGGCCAUAGCACGGAUCCGGUAACGCGAGAUAUUGAGGCUUUCAUCGCUGACACAUUGCAUGGUGGACAUGGCCUCAACCUCGAAGAUGAAAAUCAAGUAGCUGAGCGUAGACGAUCCAGUGUCACGAAUAAUAUCAAUGUUCUAGUAGGAGAACACCAUCAUCAUCUACUUCCGAUUGCCGGUGGUGGUCCUAAGAAAAAUAUAGGAACAUCAUCAAUUCUUGGAGGUCAACAACAACAAAAUAUACCGGGUAGUUGUAGUUCCCAUCAGAAUCAGUAUCAGAACUUUGGAGGAUUUGGUAAUGUAGUUGCACCCCCACCUGGAGGGCAAGUGGUGUCAAUUUUUCACGGAUCAGCGCAGGGAAUGGCUCCAUAUGGUGCCGCAGGAGGUGGAGGCUUGAGCAAUCCCAACGGGAUCAUGGGCGUGCCUCAUCAUAUGCAAAUGCAACAACAGAAUAUGGGAUCAUUUCAAGGAUUUCAAUAUCAGCAACCUCAUGGAAGUGCAAGUAGUGGCAAGGGCCUAGCAGGAUCCAACAUGCCACUACAAGGCCAGUUUGGUUUACCUGCUCAGCAUCAAAUUUAAGGCUACCGCUGAAGCAUAUCCUUAAUCAUGUCACCCACCCUUGGCCUCUUUUUCAAGGGGAAAAAUGGCGCAAGAAUGGGCUCGGGGAUGCCGAUGCGCCGCAGUAGCUCUAACAAAUAGUGGGUAACUUCCUGCCACAACAAGGUCCGCUGGGACCUUUUGGAGCACCGCGUCCAGCAGGUGCCCCAUCGAUUCAGCAGACAAUCCUGCCUAAUACCACACCUGGCACAGCCCUACAUGCCAUGCAGCUGGAAGCGGCAAGACGUAAGAGUGCGACGAUGACGGGUAAUGUGGGUUUUGCUGGUGGUGCUUCCACAAGCACAACCACAAACACUGGGGGUCCGCUUUUUCAACCUCCUGGGACUGUUUUACAGGAGUCAGAGGAAAUGAACUUGGGAAGUCAUGACGACGCUGCCCCUGGUGGCAAGAAGAAUCCGAAGCGAGCACGCGUAGUGAUAGACCUCGAACAACAAGACGAAAGUGGUGGAGACACAAAACGAUCGCGGGGUGAAGACUCGGUGAGCAGGACUGACGUUGCCUCGAAUAAUCUCCGUGCAAAAGCGGUGGACAGAACAGCGAAAAAACGGGCUCUGCAAAGGCAUCUGUCGUCGCCCAGGAUUACGAAGACCGGUGCGGGAGCAGGUGAACAAAUAGAAGGUGCUGAUUCUGAAGUAGAUCAUCAACAUGGUCGUGUUAAGAAAAGUACGAUUGGUUAUACUUCGUCUCAUCUUGGGACUGGCACUAGCCUCAGCAGCACCAAAGUGGUGGUUUUCAGUCCGACGAAGAGGAAAAAGACAAACAAGCGCACUCUGAAGCGGCUCGGAUCGAGGUUGUCUGUCGUGGAUGAGGACGGCGAAGGGGGAGCAGAUCAGCAUGGUGGCGAUCAGGAUGGUGAACACGAUGAGCUUAACAGUGAUGAGGAACGCAUCUUAGCGAGCGGCAUUCGCAAGGAACUCCAACACAGUGCGCUACGAAGGCACAAGUCGGCAGCCAAUAGUAUGCAAUCGUUAAGGCUACAAGAAAUCCAUCUUCACCGGCAUCCUGCGACCGUUUUCAAAGGGAGAAGAAGCUUCGCGGAUGCCUUUCCGGCAGUAGAUGGGUCUCUCUUAGUAAGUUCUAAAAUCGUCAGUCAGUCGCAGUGCAAAUAGGGGACUCCGACGGAGCGCGUCUGCAUCGAGGAGAGGGGGAGGGGGUCAAAAUUUCCUGUCAGACGACGAAGAUCUCGUGAUGGAUAAGUACAAAGCAGUGCUGUACAGGAAUAAAAGCGAUCCUCGGAAUGAUUUCGGUGGAACAAGGCAAGAAAAUAAUAGUUCUAAAGUCGAUCAGACGUCGAGCCGUGGACCAUCUUCCGCACGUAAUGCGGCGCAGAGUGGUUUGGGGGGUGACUCUGCACGUCGAAGACAUCAAGGGGAAGACAUCAUCAAGACAACGAGACCAGCUAUGCCUACAGCUAGUACCACAAAAGCGGGCACCUCUAACAAGAAGCCCCUCAUCUCUAGUACAACCACUCCUGGCAACGUACAGCAAUUUCUUAAAGCUAAAAAUCAAGUUGGUGCACCAGCAUCUACCCAACAAGCCGGAGGCCCAGUAGAUUACCCUGUUGACCCGGUUUCUCCAAUUCUCCCUGGCGCUCCGAGAUAUGCCGCCGCUCAGGACUGCCAGGCAACUCUAGCUGCUAUGAAUGCACGUUAUUUGGCCCACGACUACAGAGAUUUCGACAUUCAGCAGAACAAUGCAGCUACUCAAGGAGGAUACUCA